ACAGCUCCAGCACCCAUUCCACAGAGGAGAGGAGCCAUGAGCAACCCCAAUGAACCCAGAAAUAUCACAGACGCCUUGGCGUCAGUCAUCCACAUCGUAAGUCCAUUCAUUCACACUGAGAUACAGUUCAGUAAGUCAGCCCAAUCAGGUCAUCCUAACUAACGUUUGCGACACAAUACAAACAAACAACAAACAAACAAACACAGACAACAAGAGACGUGUGAUUGACAAUCAUUCACAUCAGUAAGAAAUUGCAUGUCAACAUACAUUGAUAUAUUAUUGCUCCUGACUUAUAUUAAUAUGGUUAGUUUAUGUUAAUCUAAUAUUCUCAUAAAACUGCAGUGGUUCUCUGCCAGAAAGGAGUUCAUCUGAUCUCUGAUUGCCAAACGGCCUUGUUUCUUUGUACACGUGACACACAUUCACUCUAUGCUCGAGUUCUGCUUUGUCAGCCUCUCCAGUUCACUGUAUUUUGGCAUGGGAGUGUAUUUUGGAUUGUGCCGUUCCUCUCAGAGCAGGGUAUGUACAAAUCCAUGCCCUCACUGGGAUUGAAUCCACAGACUCCAGACAGAUUUAGGGAUAUUUUUAUUAAUUCUGACUUCUGAAUUGAAACGUGAAGCGUAAUUCAAACCAUUUCCCUUGGGCCCCAUUUGAGAAGUGCCUUGGCUUGGGGAAUCAAGAAUGUUGAAGGUUACACAAGCCAAGCAAUUUCCUUCCACUUUUCUUAAGCCAGUGUCUAUUUAGAAAUGAUUGUCUGUACUAGGACCAAAAUAUCUUGUUGUAUUUCCAGGCCUUUCCAGUGCCCCGUUUGUUAUGUGGGGCAGAAUGGGCACUCCAACUAAACAUAUUGGCAUCAGUACUGUUAGAAGCCCAGUGCUAAAGCAUCUCUGUGGUUCAGCCUCAGAGCAGAGGCAAGCUGGCCUUGUCUAAGGUCAAUGGUUAAAACGACAUUCCAGCCUGGGGGCCUCUCAAAAUAACAUAAUCUUAAGAGGAUGAGUAAGUUACUUUGGGUAGCGUUGAGAGAGGCUGUGAAGGUCAUUCAGAAAAAAUUAAAAAAAGUUUUUGGCCAAUCAAUGAGGAACAAAUACACAUCCUCUUUAUGGUUUCUUCAAAUGAUUAAUUGAGAUUGGAUACAGAGUUUAUAGCAGACCUUUAACCUUCUUUACACAAUAAACAAAAAUGAAAUUAGCAUUGUCUAUGGUUGAGCGUCCAUUUGUGACCCUCACAAACAUACUCCCACGACCCUCUUAAGCAUGCAUGCACACAUACAGUAGACUCAAACGCAUGCACCACCACACACAGUGCGAAAGCGGUAGAUGCUAAACUUAAGGAAAUGCCUGCUUUCCCUGAGCUAUGCAUUUCUUUCAGUGCUCAGUCAGCUGCUUCCUAUCCCAUGUUACACAAUCAUGUGGCUGUGGCACUAGACAACCCCCAGGACUGGCCUCUUGGUAGGUGGACUCUCCAAGACAUAAACAACUAAGAGUGAAAGGACUUAUGCUCAUGUCCAGAAUACCUCCCUGUGUUAGAAUGUAGCGGUAGUUCUGUCGUUGAAAUGUAAUGUCACUGCUACACGUGUCUGAGUUGUAGAGUGCAGAGGUGCAAUGCAAAACAUGUACAUAUAGUAUGUUGUAUGUACUGUAAUGUGAUGUGAUAUGGAUGGUUAUCCCAGUGGUGGUAAUUGCUAAUUAUGGCCUACAGAUUUAGCUACCAUAUGUCUGGUUAGAGUGACGUGUCUGCUGUUUUGUGACAUUACACCAACCUUAUUUAACCUUGGCAAAUCUGGGUUCUCGAAACCUUUUCCUGUCCAAGGACAGACGGCUUGCUGAUGGACGGCUUGAGGGCUGAGAUUUGAAUACAGUCUGCUGGUAAUCAGAUUCAGCCCAUUACAGUCAGUUCAAUCUAACUCGGUCAGACUGCUGGCAGCCAUGAGGCGUCUUUAUAAUCUCUUACGGAGAAUUCAGACGGUUGUCAAUACAUACCCAAGUUGCUAUCCAAUUGAUGUGUUUACAACUUCAUGGCUGCAGAUGUCAUUUUCUUGUGCAUUUGCACAACGCUGAUUAGUAAAAUUGACAAAAGACAUGUCUGUUUGCUACUUGACUGGAGCUGAAGCUGUCAUUGGUAAUUUUCCUCGCUUCCUUGCUCUUCUAAGUUAAUAAUUCACCUUUCAAACGAUGAGUGUACAUGCUUGUAUGCAAGGGGAAAGAGAGUGUGUCUAUGUGUCAGUGUACCAUGUGUCUCAGUGUGUGUGUUUUAAGGAUAGUUGAGAUAAUCCUAUUUGGAUUUUGGAAGGGUCGGUCAACAUUGUGAAACUGGGGUGAUGUCCUCUUCCUGCCGCUAGGCACUGCCCUUUGUCAUGUGACUGGGGGCAAUCGAAAGAGACAGUAGACAGAGGUUGAAAAGGUGCUUACUGUGUGCGGUAGUUCUUUUUACUUAUCAAGCAGAAACUGCAAAUACAGUCGCUAGAGAUAAUGCUGCGUGAGAAACGAGAUUGGACUUUGAUGGAGUUUUUGUACACAGCAGCAAAGGUGAGUUGAGUUUGAACACAGGGUAACAUACAGGACUAGCCAGUUCAACAUAAUAUAAGUCACAUGGGCAUUGAUGCCCUUUAGAAGCGCCUCUCUCCAUGUGUGUGGACAUGAAGAGACUUAUCAUUUCCUGUUCUAUGUCUACAUACCACAUGCAGUAUAUUGGUUUAAAACCCUGAACAAUUUGAACCUACAGAUGCCUUCAUGCACAAAUAUAGUAAAUACACCUGACUUGAUGUUUUUGUAGUAAAAGUUUACACAAUGGGGUUUGAAACUGAAUACAUUUCUCCUUCCUUUUUCCCCUGACAACAUUUGUUGGUAAUGUGUGCAACAAGUGAAACAUUCCAAAGGCAUCUGUGAUGGUCUUGUUAUUUUGUCAACAGCCCAUUGACUGUUUGUGUGAGUAUGUGAAUGGAGGAAGACAUUUCUUCUCAUUGUUAUCUUAAUGCAUCAGUGAUUACUGAUAGUUACCCCUCGACUGCCAACAGAUGGAGCACGCUAGAUAUCUCAACAGGGGAAUAUGGUCAGUCAGUGUUCCUUGUAAAACUCCUGGCUCUGGCAGCCAUUAGCUAUGUGUGAAUAGUGUUGCACAGCUAGAAGUGGCAAGGUAUGCGUCCUUAAUGGCGCCCUAUUCCCUAUAUAGUGCACUACUAUGCAGGGAAUAGGGUGCUAUUUGGGACACAGCCAUGGUGUGAGAGGAUUUAUGCAAUCAGCUACUGACCCCAUUACAGAAUAACUUUAGAGGAAGGUGUCUGGCAUGACAAAUCGCCAGCCUCUUUUGUUUGUUUGUCCCUCAUAAAAGGAUUAGAAUUAAGAGUCCCCCGCACCCCAACCCCCUUCCUCCUCUUUAAGUCACAGUAUGACAGUAUCCAAUGUCACUGGCUGUCAUCACGCAAGCUCAUGCAAGGGAUAUCACAUUAAUAAUAAUAGUUGUAAUUUAUAUAGCACUUUUUAUUACAUGAAGAAUCUCAAAGACGCUUAAAUUUUUUUAGAAAUAAUUAAGUUAAUUGAUAGUUCAUGGGCUGCAUGGACAAAGAUCUUCCACGGAGGCGGGCACAAGUCCGGAUGAUAUCCAACUCGCACUAGGACUAUCUCCGCUCCACUAUCACUUAAUCAGUGUGGGAAAGAAAGCUUUAGCAUUUGUGGGCUACCCCUCAAUAACAUUUGAUGCAUGGCCACCCUCUGUUUUGUCAAGCUUACUUCCUGUCAUUUCUCUGUGAACGUCAAGAACUAAGAAUCAAGGUCAGUGGCUGAAUAUUAUUAGGCGGACAAUUGGGUUAAUCAGACCUCAAAAGUGAAGGGAAGCGAUUUUGAGGUACAUGUUGGCCUGUUUCCUGGUGGUACCAAUGGGGAGAAAGAGACCGUGGUCAUAUUUACACACAAGGCAUUACCUUCAAAGACCUCUCCAACAAAUGGGCAUGACAUAUCCUCGUCUGGCCUGCUGCAGCAGGAAUGCAGUGACUCAACAGACAGUAUUACAAGAUCACUUACUACUCUACAUCCGCCACUGUAUACCUGCCCUUCUGCCCUGAGUGUUGCUGACUGUGUGGGAUUUCAGCCACCUCUCAGCUCCUCUAAUCCUCUCUACAGACUCUGUGUAAGUGACUAGCUGAGUACUCAUUACACUCACUUUACAUGUAACAAACCUAGUGUACGUUAAACAGACAGUAGGGGUUAUAUUGCAUUACUGAGAUUAAUAUUUCAGUUUGCCUAAUCUAAUUUUAUCCUCUGGUUUACUUUAUAGGAGUACUGUAAUUAGAAAGCUUCCUCUGCAUCUCUUUUCACUUUCCACACGGCAGAUUUGAUUUAUCUUCUUGUGUGUGAUGGAUGUUCAUUUUGAUAAAAGUUUUGUCUACCUACCUGGUUCCUAAGAAGGUCCUGAGCAGGCUGCCCCGAAUCACCAGUACGACCAGAGUAAAGCUAUGACAACUACUGGUCUGUGAGUGUUCAUGGUACCUACAGAAUCGUAUCACCAACCUCUGUUUGUUACUCACUUCAGGGCAUUGUGGAGGUCACUCUGCGAUCAAAGUGUUCUACGAAGCCUCCACUUCCCCCUGUCCCCCGGCUAAGCUAUGAUAAGACCAAGGCAGAGCACACUGCAUGUUCACAUCUCCUCAGCUCAUCUCCUAUCUGAGCACUCGGUACCUUCAAAUGCAAUGACUCAUGAGAUACAGUUCUUGCUGGGUGCAGACCCAGAGGCCAAUGCACUUUAAUUUGACGAUUUGAAGCCUUCCAAGGCCACACAACCAUUGUGUGCCAUUGUCCUCUAACAAUCCAUGCGGUCUGAACAUAUCCAAUGUUUAACCCCAGAACAUUAGCACUUAGUAAUUAGUUAUUAGUUACACCACAACGCCUCCACCAAGUACCAUUUCAGGACAUUCAGGUGUUCUAUCCAAUCUAUUUGUGGACAAAUGUAAAUAUGUGACUGCAAGUCGUGGAAAAGCCUCAUUGCUUAUUCAAUGACCUACAGUUGAAGUCGGAAGUUUACAUACACCUUAGCCAAAUACAUUUAAACUCAGUUUUUCACAAUUCCUGACAUUUAAUCCUAGUAAACAUUCCCUGUCUUAGGUCAGUUAGGAUCACCACUUUAUUUUAAGAAUGUGAAAUGUCAGAAUAAUAGUAGAGAGAAUUAUUUAUUUCAGCUUUUAUUUCUUUCAACACAUUCCCAUUGGAAUUGUCAGAAGUUUACAUACACUGAAUUAGUAUUUGGUAGCAUUGCCUUUAAAUUGUUUAACUUGGGUCAAACGUUUCGGGUAGCCUUCCACAAGCUUCCCACAAUAAGUUGGGUGAAUUUUGGCCCAUUCCUCCUGACAGAGCUGGUGUAACUGAGUCAGGUUUGUAGGCCUCCUUGCUCGCACACGCCUUUUCAGUUCUGCCCACAAAUGUUCUAUAGGAUUGAGGUCAGGGCUUUGUGAUGGCCACUCCAAUACCUUGACUUUGUUGUCCUUAAGCAAUUUUGCCACAACUUUGGAAGUAUGCUUGGGGUCAUUGUCCAUUUGGAAGACCCAUUUGCGACCAAGCUUUUAACUUCCUGACUGAUGUCUUGAGAUGUUGCUUCAAUAUAUCCACAUCAUUUUCCUUCCUCAUGAAGCCAUCGAUUUUGUGAAGUGCACCAGUCCCUCCUGCAGCAAAGCACCCCCACAGCAUGAUGCUGCCACCCCCGUGCUUCACGGUUGGGAUGGUGUUCUUCGGCUUGCAAGCAUUCCCCUUUUUCCUCAAAAUAUAACGAUGGUCAUUAUGGCCAAACAGUUCUAUUUUUGUUUCAUCAGACCAGAGGACAUUUAUCCAAAAAGUACGAUCUUUGUCCCCAUGUGCAGUUGCAAACCGUAGUCUGGCUUUUUUAUGGUGGUUUUGGAGCAGUGGCUUCUUCCUUGCUGAGCGGCCUUUCAGGUUAUGUCGAUAUAGGACUCGUUUUACUGUGGAUAUAGAUACUUUUGUACCUGUUUCCUCCAGCAUCUUCACACGGUCCUUUGCUGUUGUUCUGGGAUUUAUUUGCACUUUUCUCACCAAAGUACGUUCAUCUCUAGGAGACCGAACGCGUCUCCUUCCUGAGCGAUAUGACGGCUGCGUGUUUAUACUUGUGUACUAUUGUUUGUACAGAUGAACGUGUACCUUCAGGCAUUUGGAAAUUGCUCCCAAGGAUGAUCCAGACUUGUGGAGGUCUAAAAUAUAUUUUCUGAGGUCUUGGCUGAUUUCUUUUGAUUUUCCCAUGAUGUCAAGCAAAGAGGCACUGAGUUUGAAGGUAGGCCUUGAAAUACAUCCACAGGUACACCUCCAAUUGACUAAAAUGAUGUCAAUUAGCCUAUCAGAAGCUUCUAAAGCCAUUCAAGCUGUUUAAAGGCACAGUCAACUUAGUGUAUGUAAACUUCUGACCCACUGGAAUUGUGAUACAGUGAAUUAUAAGUGAAAUACUCUGUCUGUAAACAAUUGUUGGGAAAAUUACUUGUGUCAUGCACAAAGUAGAUCUCCUAACCGACUGGCCAAAACUAUAGUUUGUUAAAAAUAAAUUUGUGGAGUGGUUGAAAAUCGAGAUUUAAUGAAUCCAACCUAAGUGUACAGUGGGGAGAACAAGUAUUUGAUACACUGCCGAUUUUGCAGGUUUUCCUACUUACAAAGCAUGUAGAGGUCUGUAAUUUGUAUCAUAGGUACACUUCAACUGUGAGAGACGGAAUCUAAAACAAAAAUCCAGAAAAUCACAUUGUAUGAUUUUUAAGUAAUUAAUUUGCAUUUUAUUGCAUGACAUAAGUAUUUGAUACAUCAGAAAAGCAGAACUUAAUAUUUGGUACAGAAACCUUUGUUUGCAAUUACAGAGAUCAUACGUUUCCUGUAGGUCUUGACCAGGUUUGCACACACUGCAGCAGGGAUUUUGAGCCACUCCUCCAUACAGACCUUCUCCAGAUCCUUCAGGUUUCGGGGCUGUUGCUGGGCAAUACGGACUUUCAGCUCCCUCCAAAGAUUUUCCUAUUGGGUUCAGGUCUGGAGACUGGCUAGGCCACUCCAGGACCUUGAGAUGCUUCUUACGGAGCCACUCCUUAGUUGCCCUGGCUGUGUGUUUCGGGUCGUUGUCAUGCUGGAAGACCCAGCCACGACCCAUCUUCAAUGCUCUUACUGAGGGAAGGAGGUUGUUGGCCAAGAUCUCACGAUACAUGGCCCCAUCCAUCCUCCCCUCAAUACGGUGCAGUCGUCCUGUCCCCUUUGCAGAAAAGCAUCCCCAAAGAAUGAUGUUUCCACCUCCAUGCUUCACGUUGGGAUAGGUGUUCUUGGGGUUGUACUCAUCCUUCUUCUUCCUCCAAACACGGCGAGUGGAGUUUAGACCAGAAAGCUCUAUUUUUUGUCUCAUCAGACCACAUGACCUUCUCCCAUUCCUCCUCUGGAUCAUCCAGAUGGUCAUUGGCAAACUUCAGACGGGCCUGGACAUGCGCUGGCUUGAGCAGGGGGACCUUGCGUGUGCUGCAGGAUUUUAAUCCAUGACGGCGUAGUGUGUUACUAAUGGUUUUCUUUGAGACUGUGGUCCCAGCUCUCUUCAGGUCAUUGACCAGGUCCUGCCGUGUAGUUCUGGGCUGAUCCCUCACCUUCCUCAUGAUCAUUGAUGCCCCACGAGGUGAGAUCUUGCAUGGAGCCCCAGACAGAGGGUGAUUGACCGUCAUCUUGAACUUCUUCCAUUUUCUAAUAAUUGCGCCAACAGUUGUUGCCUUCUCACCAAGCUGCUUGCCUAUUGUCCUGUAGCCCAUCCCAGCCUUGUGCAGGUCUACAAUUUUAUCCCUGAUGUCCUUACACAGCUCUCUGGUCUUGGCCAUUGUGGAGAGGUUGGAGUCUGUUUGAUAGGGUGUGUGGACAGGUGUCUUUUAUACAGGUAACGAGUUCAAACAAGUGCAGUUAAUACAGGUAAUGAGUGGAGAACAGCAGGGCUUCUUAAAGAAAAACUAACAGGUCUGUGAGAGACGGAAUUCUUACUGGUUGGUAGGUGAUCAAAUACUUAUGUCAUGCAAUAAAAUGCAAAUUAAUACAAUGUGAUUUUCUGGAUUUUUGUUUUAGAUUCCGUCUCUCACAGUUGAAGUGUACCUAUGAUAAAAAUUACAGACCUCUACAUGCUUUGUAAGUAGGAAAACCUGCAAAAUCGGCAGUGUAUCAAAUACUUGUUCUCCCCACUGUAUAUAUAUAUAUCUCAUUGGAAUAAACCUUGAAAUUAGAAAUCUAUAUAACACAAUUUAAUUUGAACCUCUCCUCCACUGACAUAUUUUAAAAUAUGUAGCAAUAUAUAAAAACAUGGAUGAUGAAUAAAAUAAAUAUGCUGAACUGGUUGGACCUUUCAGUCGGUAUUCAUCCCUAACGCCACAAAGUGCUCUGUUGGGUUAUGACCCCUAACCCCUGACCCCUUCCGAUGACAUGAUGUGCCCCCUAUAAUGGGUCUCCAUUUCCUGCUGUGUGUCAUCAUGAGACCGCUUGUUUAUUGUCAUGAAAACGUUGAAUCACUCAUGGCAUCCAAUUGAACUCUGUCCAAGUGAAUUUUGACCCCUACCUUUUUGAUAAAAACAUGUAUUACUUGUUAGACAAAAUCUCUUUCUCUGAGCAAUUGUAUUAUACUGAACAAAAAUAUAAACGCAACAUGCAUCAAUUUGAAAGGUUUUACGGAGUUACAGUUCAUAUAAGGAAAUCAGUCAAUUGAAAUAAAUUCAUUAGGCCCUAAUCUAUGGAUUUCACAUGACUGGGAAUACAGAUAUGCAUCUGUUGGUCACAGAUACCUUAAAAAAAAUGGGCCUCACAAGGGGCCUCAGGAUCUCGUCACGGUAUCUCGGUAUAUUCAAAUUUCCAUCGAUAAAAUGCAAUUGUGUUUGUUGUCCAUAGCUUAUACAGUGAGGGGAAAAAAGUAUUUGAUCCCCUGCUGAUUUUGUACGUUUGCCCACUGACAAAGAAAUGAUCAGUCUAUAAUUUUAAUGGUAGGUUUAUUUGAACAGUGAGCGACAGAAUAACAACAAAAAAAUCCAGAAAAACGCAUGUCAAAAAUGUUAUAAAUUGAUUAGCAUUUGAAUGAGGGAAAUAAGUAUUUGACCCCCUCUCAAUCAGAAAAAUGUCUGGCUCCCAGGUGUCUUUUUAUACAGGUAACGAGCUGAGAUUAGGAGCACACUCUUAAAGGGAGUGCUCCUAAUCUCAGCUUGUUACCUGUAUAAAAGACACCUGUCCACAGAAGCAAUCAAUCAAUCAGAUUCCAAAACUCUCCACCAUGGCCAAGACCAAAGAGCUCUCCAAGGAUGUCAGGGACAAGAUUGUAGACCUACACAAGGCUGGAAUGGGCUACAAGACCAUCGCCAAGCAGCUUGGUGAGAAGGUGACAACAGUUGGUGUGAUUAUUCGCAAAUGGAAGAAACACAAAAGAACUGUCAAUCUCCCUCGGCCUGGGGCUCCAUGCAAGAUCUCACCUCGUGGAGUUGCAAUGAUCAUGAGAACGGUGAGGAAUCAGCCCAGAACUACACGGGAGGAUCUUGUCAAUGAUCUCAAGGCAGCUGGGACCAUAGUCACCAAGAAAACAAUUGGUAACACACUAUGCCGUGAAGGACUGAAAUCCUGCAGCGCCCGCAAGGUCCCCCUGCUCAAGAAAGCACAUAUACAUGCCCGUCUGAAGUUUGCCAAUGAACAUCUGAAUGAUUCAGAGGAGAACUGGGUGAAAGUGUUGUGGUCAGAUGAGACCAAAAUGGAGCUCUUCGGCAUCAACUCAACUCGCCGUGUUUGGAGGAGGAGGAAUGCUGCCUAUGACCCCAAGAACACCAUCCCCACCGUCAAACAUGGAGGUGGAAACAUUAUGCUUUGGGGGUGUUUUUCUGCUAAGGGGACAGGACAACUUCACUGCAUCAAAGGGACAAUGGACGGGGCCAUGUACCGUCAAAUCUUGGGUGAGAACCUCCUUCCCUCAGCCAGGGCAUUGAAAAUGAGUCGUGGAUGGGUAUUCCAGCAUGACAAUGACCCAAAACACACGGCCAAGGCAACAAAGGAGUGGCUCAAGAAGAAGCACAUUAAGGUCCUGGAGUGGCCUAGCCAGUCUCCAGACCUUAAUCCCAUAGAAAAUCUGUGGAGGGAGCUGAAGGUUCGAGUUGCCAAACGUCAGCCUCGAAACCUUAAUGACUUGGAGAAGAUCUGCAAAGAGGAGUGGGACAAAAUCCCUCCUGAGAUGUGUGCAAACCUGGUGGCCAACUACAAGAAACGUCUGACCUCUGUGAUUGCCAACAAGGGUUUUUCCACCAAGUACUAAGUCAUGUUUUGCAGAGGGGUCAAAUACUUAUUUCCCUCAUUAAAAUGCAAAUCAAUGUAUAACAUUUUUGACAUGCGUUUUUCUGGAUUGUUUUGUUGUUAUUCUGUCUCUCACUGUUCAAAUAAACCUACCAUUAAAAUUAUAGACUGAUACUUUAUACUAAUUGACAAAAAACCUUAAUUUUUUGACAGAAUGUUUAAAAAAGGUAUAAUCUUCGUAAAUGAUAUCAUCGGUAGGACUGGUGGAGUUAUGUCGCACAUGCAGCUAACAAAAACAUAUGGAAAUGUCUGCUCUACCCAAAAUUACAACCAAAUAAUUGCAGCCUUACCGCAAAAGUGGAAGAGGAAAGUUGAAGGGGGAGAAAGUAAGGAACUUGUCUGUCGGCCUUGCAUUAAAGAACAUAAUUGGUUAAGGAAAACUGUGAUAAAUAAAAAAGUAUAUCAGUUUCACUUAAGGACCAAAGGAUUGACAGCAGUCCCAUAUAGAUUGCAAAAUAGUUGGGAAGAGAUCUUUGACGUACCGAUCCCAUGGCAUAGUGUUUAUGAACUGACACGCAAAACGACACCGGAUUCAAAAAUUAGAAUCUUUCAAUUUAAAUUAUUAUAUAAAAUUCUUGCUACCAAUAGAAUGUUAUUUAUAUGGGGGAUACAAUCUUCCCAGCUCUGCAGAUUUUGCUGUGAAGAGAUAGAAUCAUUAGAUCAUUUGUUUUGGUUCUGUCCAUUUGUAGCUUGUUUUUGGACACAGGUCCAGGAAUGGCUAAAGGAUUGCAAUAUUUACCUGGAACUAACCUUGCAGAUAGCAUUACUGGGUGAUCUGAAAAGUCAUAGUCAAUCAAUCAAUAAUAUAAUAAUACUUUUAGCAAAAAUGUUUAUUUUUAAUUCACAAUCUGUAGAAGCAAUGAGAAUAGAAAGGUUCAGAACUUUUGUAAAACAUCACAGUAUGGUUGAAAUAUAUAUGGCAAAUAGAAAUCCUAUAUGGAUGGUGUUAAGAGAUAGAUGGGAGGUAUUGAAUAGAGUUGAAGGAUGGGACUAAUAACAAAUAACAACAAAUAAUAACAAAGAUAGCUAAUAAUGUAAGCAUACUGUGUCCAUAAUAAGUAUAUAGGUUGUAUGUUGGGAGCUUUUGGGCAGAGCACAGUUAGAAGAUAUGGCAUUUGAAGCAACCGAUGGCAUCAUGAAUGAUCGGAGAUUAGAGUAGAAGAAGUUCAGGAGCAAAAAAUGAAUUAUAAACAAUUUAAUUAUAUAUAUAUGUAGAGAAUAGAAUUUGUAAAAUUAACUCGUCCAUAAUGUGUAGAAAGCAUCUCUAGACCGGAUAUAGAGGCCGGGGGUUGUUGUCCUAUUUACUCCAGUAGUGAAGGAUGGUGGGUUGAAAAGUAAACAGGGUAUAUAUAUGUAAAAACUAAAAUAAACAGGGGAUUGGACUGUGCAGACAAUUACAUUGAUAAAAGAGUUCAAUCUAUCUGCAAUAUUAAGCUGAUCAUCCCCCCGAGGAAAAAAAAAACAAACAAAAAAAAAAAAUUUUUUAUAGACUGAUCAUUUCUUUGUCAGUGGGCAAACGUACAAAACAGUAUAGUGUACAAAACAUUAUGAACACCUGCUCUUUCCAUGACAGACUGACCAGUUGAAUCCAGGUGAACGCUAAUAUCCCUUAUUAAUGUUAAAAACACUUCAAUCGGUGUAGAUGAAGGGGAGGAGACAGGUUAAAGAAGGAUUUUUAAGCCUUGUGACAAUUGAGACAUGGAUUGUGUAUGUGUGCCAUUCAGAGAGUGAAUGGGCAAGAAAAAAUAUUUAAGUGCCUUUGAACGGGGUAUGGUAGUAGGUGCCAGGCGGACCAGUUUGUGUCAAGAACUGCAACGCUGCUGGGUUUUUCACGCUCAACAGUUUCCCGUGUGUUUCAAGAAUGGUCCACCACCCAAAGGACAUCCAGCCCCAUCCCACUCCAAGGCCUCUGACAGAGAUUUAGGGUCUAAAGUACCUUGGUCAAUAUUGACACGUACCAAAGUUAAAAUGAGGGAGAUGAAUGCAAGGUAUUGUUUGAUGACUAUUCAAACACAGCUUGCCCUUUCAGGUGCGGUUGGUUUGUCCUCAAAGCGAGAAUGAAUGCAGAGUCUUGUUUAUUCUAACACAGCGCAAUCAUAAGAGAUAGGUUAUUGCCAGGCUGGGAGAUAUGAGUACGAUUAGCACUCUCUGCUCAUUCCUGUGUUUUAUAGAGGUGUUGAGAUUCAGAGCGCCACAGUGUCGCCAUAGACGAGGGCAUUGCCACUUGCUUCAAAUGCCACUCCUGACUCCCAACACUCAUACCUCAAGUCACCCUAUUGAAACAUGAGUCUGGUAAGUCCCUUAAAUCACUGAUGGAAGAGAAGGAGAGCAUAUUGUUUCUUUCUAUUGCUGGUUCUUUUGCUGUAAGGGUUUGUUAUUGCACACGUUUUUGGUUGUGGGAAAUAGUUUCACCUCGCUGGCAAUCCCUUACACAUCUUCUCCAGCUGUAGAGAUUGACUGUGAACUGCUGUGCAUAGUAAUAGGCUAAAAGCUGUCUUCACUGCUCCUGGAGUUCCUAGUGAGUGGGGAUAUGUUUUUCAGGUAGACUUGGCUGUCAUUUUCUAACUGAACUUUCAUGCUUUAUUGAAAAAUAGUAUGUGGUUAAGAUUGGCAGCACUACUCUUGAAGUGCCCAUCGACUGGCAUUCAGGUAUUGAUUGUAUUGGAAAGGACUACAGACUAUCACGAUUUUAGAUUGUAGCUUACAGGUCCAAAGACUGGAGACUGUCACAGAAAGCAACUCUCAAAUGACUGGAAGCGUUUUUUUAACGGAGGUCACUGAGGUAAGGGUGAGGCCCAUGCAGCCUACCUGAGCAGCUUCGUGUGGAGCUGUCUGACUCUCAACCUUUUGAAGGUUGAACAGAAGUUUCACGUUAGGUCAGUAUUGAUUAUUUGUGGCACAUAUAGACAUAUAUAGACACUGUCAGAGAUUCAUCAGCAAGGUUCUGUGUUUUAUGCCUGUGUGUGGUAUGUGUGGAUUUGUAGGUCACACCAUAACUCCAUGACAUGGUAGCCAGUGCAGUGAAGAUAAGAGUUUUGUGCCUUGUGAAAAUGUUUUCUUACUGUUGUUCCGUUUUCUAAAUUUCUUCCCUAUAUUUUACACAUGCAGCCCCAUUGCUAAAAAAGAAAAAAAAAGUACAAUUUUAAGGUAGAAAAUCCACCAUUAUCAAGCUAAGAGUUAUCCAUACAUUUUUAUUGGUGUAAUUUGGUGUAAGAUGGAGGAGUAUGAAAAAGCCCAUUGUCCUCCAGUUCUACAGACUGAUGGGGAGUGUGUGGUGGAAUAAUCAUAUCUCAUCAGCCAAUAUUCUUUCCUCGGUCCCCCCGAGUGCAGGGGAGAAUUUAAUCUACCGAUGACGUGUUAAAUGGCCUGAGAAAGGGUUUGGAGGGGCGUCAAAUGAGGCAUGGUGCCGUGACUAUUUGGCCAGUGUCACAGGAGGGGAGCGCGCUCAGUGAGGAGCCGCACGAUCUGUACUGUAGCCACAGCAAAAUCUACUUUGCCUUAGGGCUGGACAGAGGAGACGAGGAUCCCCCACUUUGUUGGGAUCAAGUUCACCUGUGGAUCCACCUCUGCAGCCAUCCUUAUCACAACACGCCUCCGGCAGAGGAGGUCUGCAGCCCGAUCUAGCACCCUGCUGCAGGGGAAAACAGAUCACUUACCUCAAGGUUUCCCAGCCCUCUCCUCAGGGACCACCAGACGUUUCACAUAUUUGUUAUAGCCCUGAACUGGCACACAUGAUUCAAUUAGUCAAGGGUUUGAUUAUUAUACUGAACAAAAAUAUAAACGCAACCAUGUUUCAUGAGCUGAAAUAAAAGAUCCCAAAAAAUGUCCAUACGCACAAAAAGCUUAUUUCUCUCAAAUGUUCUGCACAAAUUUGUUAACAUCCCUGUUAGUGAGCAUUUCUCAUUUGCCAAGAUAAUCCAUCCACCUGACAGGUGUGGCAUAUCAAGAAGCUGAUUAAACAGCAUGAUCAUUACACAGGUGCACCUUGUUCUGGGGACAAUAAAAGGCCCCUCUAAAAUGUGCAGUUUUGUCACACAACACAAUGCCACAGAUGCCUCAUGUUUUGAGGGAGCGUGCAAUAGGCAUGCUGACUGCAGGAAUGUCCACCAGAGCUGUUUUGGAGAAUUUGGCAGUACGUCCAGCCAGCCUCACAACCGCAGACCAUGUGUAACCACGCCAGCCCAGGACCUCCACAUCCGGCUUCUUCACCUGCAGGAUCAUCUGAGACCAGCCACACGGACAGCUGAUGAAACUGUGGGUUUGCACAACCUAAUAAUUUCUGCACAAACUGUCAGAAACCGUCCCAGGGAAGCUCAUCUGCGUGCUUGUCGUCCUAACCAGGGUCUUGACCUAACUGCAGUUUGGCGUUGUAACCGACAUCAGUGGGCAAAUGCUCACCUUUGAUAGCCACUGGCACGCUGGAGAAGUGUGCUCUUCACGGAUGAAUCCCGGUUUCAACUGUACCGGGCAGAUGGCAGACAGCGUGUAUGGCGUUGUGUGGGUGAGCGGUUUGCUGAUGUCAACGUUGUGAACCGAGUGCCCCAUGGUGGCGGUGGGGUUAUGGUAUGGGCAGGCAUAAGCUACGGACAACAAACACAAUUGUAUUUUAUCGAUGGCAAUUUGAAUGCACAGAGAUACCGUGACGAGAUCCUGAGGCCCAUUGUCGUGCCAUUCAUACGUCGCCAUCACCUCAUGUUGCAGCAUGAUAAUGCAUGGCCCCAUGUCGCAAGGAUCUGCACACAAUCCCAGGAAGCUGAAAAUGUCCCAGUUCUUCCAUGGCCUGCAUACAUGUCACCCAUUGAGCAUGUUUGGGAUUGACGUGUACGACAGCGUGUUCCAGUUCCCGCCAUUAUCCAGCAACUUCACACAGCCAUUGAAGAGGUCCUCUGUAGCUCAAUUGGUAGAGCAUGGCGCUUGUAACGCCAGGGUAGUGGGUUCAAUCCCCGGGACCACCCAUACGUAAAAAUGUAUGCGUAUAUGACUGUAAGUCGCUUUGGAUAAAAGCGUCUGCUAAAUGGCAUAUUAUUAUAUUAUUAUUAUUAUUAAGAGGAGUGGGACAACAUUCCACAGGCCACAAUCAACAGCCUGAUCAACUCUAUGCGAAGGAGAUGUGUCGCACUGCAUGAGGCAAUGGUCACACCAGAUACUAACUGGUUUUCUGAUCCACGCCCCUAUUUGUUUUUUAAAGGUAUCUGUGACUAACAAAUGCAUAUCUAUAUUCCCAGUUGUGAAAUCCAUAGAUUAGGGCCCAAUUAAUUUAUUUUAAUUGACUGAUUUCCUUAUAUGAACUGUAACUCAGUAAAAUCCUUGAAAUUGUUGCAUGUUGCGUUUUUAUAUUUUUGUUCAUUGUAGUGUAUCAUUCGAGUCAGGACUUACCUCCCCGGGAUGUCCACAGGAAUGCCAUCACACCACUCAUCACUCACGACCAUCCAUAGCACCACCCUGUCCAAGUCAUUGAUCAGAGCUUGUGAUUACUGUUUAAUUUGAGGCUGUUGUAGUGUUCAGAGACCAAGCACAAGCCCUUGUCUUUUCAGUGGAUUUCUUCUGUGGGAUGACUAGCACUUCCUUUAGUCUCAGUUUGGUGUGAGCUGCAUGGAUUUGACAUGGGGAAUAGGGAUGAACGAAGUAGGCGAACAACCUCUAUAGAGCAAAUCUGAAUAAAUGGAUUGCCUAAAAUGGACAAUGGCCCAGUCCAGGAAAAAGGACCUUGGCAAUUCAUGUUGAUCUGAAAGAAUUGGAUAAGUAUUAGCAAUAUAGUAGUAGCUUUAACAGAACCUUUAGUAGACUUGAUUACAUUUUCACCAUACUGAUUACGUCUAUCCAAACCGUUCAGAUUUAAAGUGGGUCUAGGGGUUGUUUCUGAAUGGGGCCUACAACAUCAUGGUUCUUUCUCAAUUAGUAUUUUAUUGAUUCCUUGCGUCCUUCUCAAAACCCAUUGGAGAAGAAGGUUUGAGGGGAGGGAUCUUCUCCAAUACAGUUAAAAGGAGGCGAGGAAUCACAGAAAGAUGAAUUGAGAAGUGAGCCAAUAUCAUAUCCCCUUUCCUUGUUUUCCAUGACUGAUCUGAAUUGACCCUCUCCUCCCUCUCUUCCUCUCUCAGCCAGAGGCGCUGUCAGCCUCGUCCAUGCGAGGAGCGGUUGAGGAGGAUGAAAGGGACCUGAACAAAUCCCUGGGGGUCCAGUUCUUUCAGCAGAUCCUCAGCUCCGCCCCCAGGGUCCCCGACGAGCAGCACCGCACCUACAACGAGGAGGACUUUGAAUGUAAGCACACGGACACGCACACACACACACACACACACUUGUUCACACAACAUGCACAUAUGCGUAGGUGGUUCACAUACUUUUGCAGAAAUUGUGGAGCGGAUUACCUUUAUUUUUGGGAAUCGUAAAUAUAAACCGUUGAUUUACUAAUCAAAUAAGUCUCUCUCUGAAAACCACACAAAAUGGUUGAUCUGCUAACCAUUUUCCUCCGGCAGACCACCGUCACUCCUCGCACCACAUCCACCACCCCCUGUCCAAGCUUCCCUCUGAAGGGAGGAGGAAGAAGAGUGGCAAGAAGAAAAAAAAGGAAAAAGAGAGCAAGGACAGUUCCGGCCCAACCAGCAACACCACCAUUGAGGAAGGAGAGGAUGAGGAAGAUGAGGAGGAAGAGGGUGGAGAGAGCCACACCCAUCUCUCUGAGACAGAUUGUGACACCGUCAAAGAAGAUGUGCAUGUAAUGACACAUCUUUCAUGUUUUCAAAUGCGCUUGAACAUUCCCUUCAGUUGUCUGUCAGUUGUUGUUUUUUUAUAACAUGAAUCAAAGGUGGCUUAGCGUAAGGCAGGGUUUCCCAAACUCGGUCUUGGGGCCCCCCCCGGUUGCACGUUUAGUUUUUUGCCCUAGCACUACACAGCUAAUUCAAUUAACCAACUCAUCAUCAAGCUUUGAUUAUUUGAAUCAGCUGUGUAGUGCUAGGGCAAAAACCAAAACGUGCACACAGGUGGGGCCCCAGGACUCAGUUUGGGAAACCCUUGCGUAAGGCAAUAUGCAUAUCUUACACCACUGAUACUGGGUCUGCGUCCCAAAUGACACCCUAUUCCCUAUUUAGUGCACUACUUUUGACCAGGGCCCUGGUAAAAAAAAUUAGUGCACUAUAUAGGGAAUAUGGUGACAUUUGGGACACUGACAUGUUUUUUUGCAGUGUGGCUGUGGUUCAACAGAUCGAAUCCCCCUGUCAGCAUUAUCAUUUUUUCCUCUAUGAAUAUUUAAUAACAAGCUUAAUCAUUUAUUUAACUGGUUUGGGGUUACACUGUUAUAACACUGACAACUAUUGUGUUCUGCCACACAACAUGACCGGUUUUGACCUGUGAUGGUGUGAUAUGCAUACAACAUUAGUUGUCCAAGCCGUCACCCCCAAGCUUUUCUCAUAUGAAGCUUUCUUUUAUUCUAGAAAUGUAAAAGAAAUGCUGAAGAGUGUGAUUUCUCACGAGAGAUAUGGUGUUUUGCGGGUACUAUUUAAUGAAGCUGCCAGUUGAGGACCUGUGAGGUGCCUGUUUCUCAAACUAGACACUCUAAUAUAUUUGUCCCCUUGCUCAGUUGUGCACCGGGGCCUCCCACUCCUCUUUCUAUUCUGGUUAGAGCCAGUUUGCGCUGUUCUGUAAAGGGAGUAGUACACAGUGUUUCUUGGCAAUUUCUCGCAUGGAAUAGCCUUAAUUUCUCAGAACAAGAAUAUACUGAUGAGUUUCAGAAGAAAGUUAUUUGUUUCUGGCCAUUUUGAGCCUGUAAUCGAACCCACAAUUGCUGAUGCUCCAGAUACUCAACUAGUCCCAAGAAGGCCAGUUUUAUUGCUUCUUUAAUCAGCACAACAGUUUUCAGCUGUGCUAACAUAAUUGCAAAAGGGUUUUCUAAUGAUCAAUUAGCCUUUUAAAAUGAUCAACUUGGAUUAGCAAACACAACGUGCCAUUGGAACACAGCACUGAUGGUUGCUGAUAAUGGGCCUCUGUACGCCUAUGUAGAAUUUAGGGAAUUAGUUGUACCAAAUACAAUGCUUUUAGUUUUAGAUAUGUUCAGGACUAGUUUAUUACUAGCCACCCCAUCCAAAACUGACUGCAGCUCUUUGUUUAGGGUUGCAAUGAUUUCACUAGCUGUGGUUGCUGACGGGUAUAAUGUUGACUCAUCAGAGUACAUAGACACACAGGCUUUGUUUAACGGUAGUGGUAGAUCAUUAGUAAGAAUAGAGAACAGUAAAGGGCCAAGAGCCGCCUUGCAAAAUACCACACUUUAUGUGUAACAUUAGAGAAGAUUCCAUUAAAGAAAACAGUCGGUGUUAUGUUAGAUAGAUAGCUCUCAACCCAUGAUAUGGCAGAGGAUGUAAAGCCAUAACACAUAAAUUUUUCCCAGAUUAUGGUCAAUAAUCUCAAAGGCUGCACUGAAGUCUAACAAUAAAGAUCCCACAAUCUUAUUAUCAAUUUAUCAUCAGUCCUUUGUGUCAGUGCAGUACAUGUUGAGUGCCCUUCUCUAUAAGCAUGCUGAAAGUCUGUUGUUAAUUUGUUCACAGAGAAAUAGUAUUGUACCUGGGCAAACAACCUUUUUCUAAAGGUUUGCUAAGAGCCGGCAGCAAGCUGAUUGGUCGGCUGUUAGAACCAUUAAAGGGCGCUUUACCAUUCUUUGGUAACGGAAUGACUUUAGGUUCCCUCCAGGUCUGAGGACAAACACUUUUCUCUAGGCUCAGAUGAAAGAUAUGACAAACAGGACUGGCAUUAUAGUCCGCUACCAUCCGCAGUAGCUUUCCAUCUAAGUUGUCAAUACCAGAUGGUUUUUCAUUAUUGAUUGACAACGAUAAUUUUUCCACCUCUCCAACACUAACUUUACAGAAUUCAAAAUUACAAUGCUUUUCUUUCAUUAUUAGGUAUUUUAUGCAUGAAUAUGAUAGCUCGCAGUUUGUUGGCAUUUAAUGCCUGAGUUUGCCCACUUUGCCAAUGAAAUUGUCAUAGGCAGGAAACACUCAAAACUUUACAAAAACAAUAAACCCAGCUGUCUCGUUCAGCGUUCAGCAUGCGUCGCUCCCUGAUGACGACAGCAUUUUGUACAUUUUGUGAAAAUCCCCCAAAUCAUGGUCUUUUUUUGUCUGGGUUUUGUGAGGAAUCACUCUGAAUGAUUCAUUUUCUACAUUGUUUGUUUUUACCUUUACCAUAAACCCUAUUGCAGUUAUUUUCAAUACUAUGUUCAAUAUACAGAACACUCAUGUUCAUGUCAUGUGUGCCCUCUAUCUCCCUCCAUAGUUCUUUCUGUCAGAUGAAGAUUGCCUGGCCACACCUACCACAGACAGCCUCCACCCUGCCCGAGGGAUGGAGGUUGUGCCUCAGUCUGGCGUGGGCACCGAACCUGAAGAUGCCACCUCCACCGAGUGAGUACACCUCUCUGAAUACACCCAUAUUUUUAUUUCAUUAUUACCGUAAUGAUGUGAUCGGGUGAGAUCAUUUUUGGCACUUGAAGUGUCACCCUGCUUUGCGUCACAACAACACAACAAGGACUCUUUUGUAGCACUUAGCCUGAUACUGCUUGCUCUGAGGCUUUCUCAGUCACUGAUUGGAUGAGAGAGGUGGUGCGUAUGUGUGGUGUGUGUGGUGUGUGUGUGUGUGUGUGUGUGUGUGUGUGUGUGUGUGUGUGUGUGUGUGGUCUCACCCGGGCCGGUCGGGACACACUGUACGUUACCAUGUCCCAGGCAUUCAGGCAGUCUGCAGGGUUCUGAUCUAAUAGGACCGAUUCAUCCCCUUGCAACAACACAGAGCCAUAUUUCACCUGUCUGACUGUCUCCAUAGAGAACAGAACACGGACCCUUCCUACUAACACACCUCUCCGUCCCUCCACCAGUGGCAUUUAGUCUCAGGACACAUUAGUGAUGUGUCUUGUCUGGGUUUGGGAUAUAGCCUUGUGGGCUACCUUUUUUUCUCCUUUCUCCAGUCUGCUGUAAUUUCGCUCUGUGUGGACUUCCUCCUACUAGUACUACUAAAACAGCAAUACUAUAUAUUGGAAGGUAGAGGUUUCCAAAUAAGUGGAUUAUUCUGACCGCAGAGGGAACUUCUGAAUAUAGUUGGGGAAAGUAAUGUCCAAAAUUUUCUGAAACAACCAUAAACUGAUUUGGAGACAGUUUGACAUCUUUAGGUGAGUGUUUGUCGGUUCUGGGACUGCUGGAUUGGUUAAUUCUUAGUGGGCAUCUUCACUCAUUUUUAGGAUGAUUUAGUGCAACUGAUUUUUUCUUCUCCUGUGAAAUUGGCUUUCUGUAUGUUUUAUACUGGGUUUGUUCCAAGGAAUGUUGAGGGAGACUAACAAACCAUUCUCCUUUUUUAUCUGUGAAUUUUGUCAUUUAUUGGCCCCUAAAUUAAAAAGUAGUUUGGUUGUUUAGCUCACUCCAGAGCCCUAUACUACGAAUCAGGGUUGAGGAGUUAGCGAGUUAACUUUGGUCAACUAUGAGUUCAACUUGGGAUAACCGGUACCACGAAAGUGGCGUACCUUUUAGCCAGGUAAAUUUCUAUGGCAGCAUAUCCUUCAGAACUAACCUGCUCCGGGGCAGGCUAAUUCAGGGCUAACUCCAUUUUAUCCUGAAUGAAGUGUCUGAGCCACGAGUUGAGGACCAAUGAAAACCGAUUCUCUCCCUCUCGCAAAUUUUGUGUCAUCAUACCCUUCAUUUGAGGAAGACUACUGAUUUAAAUAUUGUAUUAAUCAAAUGUAUUUUUGUGUGUUAAAAAAUACCUAUCAUAUUAGGCGUACACAUUUAGUAAUGCUUUCUGAACUGUAAAGUUUUUCGCGCAAUUGAAUUUUGACAUUUGCGAGCGGGCUAACUGACAGCCGCAACCAACCAUAGACAUACAGUAUAAUCCAUAGAUGGCAGUUCCCAUUCAAGUCAAUGACACUGACAAAGGCUUAGGCCAAAGCGUUUGUCUAUAUACCUACCAUGAAUGAAAUAAAUACUAAAAAGAAACCUUAUCUCCUUUUUGAGUGCGGACCAGCUACACAAUUUUGGAAGCCAUUGCUAGUGUAUCUAUGAGUUUAAUAGUCAAAUUGCCAGGGUUCGAGGUUCCAAAACCCUAAUGGGUUAUGUCUAUGGUCAAAAUGCAACAAGCUAUUCCACAGAUAUGAGUGGGAAAAAGGUGCUCUUGCAUUGAUAAGCACACGAAAGCACACCAAAGACUGAAUUAAUGAUAAAUCAUAAUUUAAAGACCUCACUUUUAAAGCCUAUUUCACACCAUAGCCUGCUGAAUUUGCAAGAUAACUUUUCUUGCAUUUAGAUUUUGGCACAAAUGAAAAUGUGGCACUGACUCGCCCAUGGAUUGAUGUUUCAGCAUUGUCUCAAUGAAGAGUUCGGCAUUACAAGCCUACUAGAGUUGGAGGGAGGCGGACUAGCAAUAUCCACCAUCGUAGUACGGAUGAAGCCUGACCUGGAAUGUGAAGCUAACUGAAGCUGGCUAGCUUUAUUAAAGCCUGAGUAGAUCUAGCUUGCUUCUUAUUAUACCACUCAGGCUCACAUCUAAUAUUUUGUUGACCUUAAAGUUCUUAACCCUGUUCUUUCUCUCUCUCCUCUCCCAGAAAGCCCUGUCUGACCUUGUCCAGCAGUGACCCGUCCGACCCCACCUCUCUGACCCGCGUAGCCAGCCGCAGCUACGACCUGCAGGAGCGCCGGCGCACGGGCAACAUGACGGGCGCCGAGCAGGCCAAGUACCAGCGCAUCCCCACGGAUGAGAGCGAGGCGCAGACCCUGGCAUCGGCCGACCUGGACGGCAUUAAGAGUGAGUCUGGGGGAAGUAUGGAAACAUCACCUUAGACAUUUCGGGCCGGUUUACAGAUUAAGCUUAAUCAUGGACUAAAAAGCAAGAUCAGUGAAGAAUCUCCAAUGAAAAGGCUUCUUAGUCCAGGAUUAGGCUUAAUCUGUGUCCGGGAAACAGCCCCUACAUGUUCAGCCAUUCAUUUGUUGUCGACUGAACUGAAGCAAUAUUUUAGUGCUUACUUUAUUGUAUGUAUCAUUUAAUUCAGUGCCAAGAAGACAUGUGGGUUCUCUCUUUGUAUAGACAGCAUAUUAUGUUCAAACUUGUACUUGUACAUUUACAGGCUGUUUUGUCCAUUGGGAGAUUUAUUCAGAAGCCCAGUACUCUAAACUCUCCCUGACCUACUAAUCUAAACUCUCCCAGACCUUGGAGUGCUGCAGUCAUCUGCUCUGCCAGAUUAACUUUUAAAGAUGUAUUAAAAAAUUGGACUUCAAUUGCUUAAUGUCUUGCUCUUCGUGUGUGUGUGUAUUUCUGUGUACGCCUGUGUGUGUGAGUGUGUGUUUGUGCGUGCAAUUCAGCCUGUUUGAUAUCCCACAUUAUUAUCCUUCCCGCUGAGCAAUGUGAUUAAAGUGGAAGAAGUCUUUGGCUCCACUGAAGGUCGGAAUGCUCGGGGGGGGGGGGGGCACUAUGAGUCAGUGUGCCCCCCGCCGUUGCCCUGUGACGUCCCCAGCUCCAGGGGCACCAGAGUUGAUUUACAUCAGGGGAUCGACCCCUCAGCGGACAGCGGCAGCUUAUCAGAGUGUGGCGGACAGGAACAGAACAGGAGCGAAGUCCUCUAAUUAAAUUAGCCUGUUCCCGCUGUCAGCUGAGGCCCCUGGAACCAGGCCUGAGCCAACCUGGUGGCUAAUUGAGAAAGCUGCCCUUCUGGUUCACAACCCCUGAGUCAUUAGUGCCAAUUCUAACAAUGGGGAAGAGCUAAGUCGUCUGAAAGAACAACAUGAGAGGGAAGCUGAUGGAUGCAUGGAAUUUAUCUGAUGUAGGUGAUGUAGGUCCAGUGCCAACAUGGGGCUACGUGACAUAGAGGGUGUGGCCAUUGUGAGGGUCCCUGACAGCAUCAGAGCAUAGAGAUCCUAUUAAAUUACUAGUCAUAAACCCUUAAAGUUCCAGAGUGGUCCGAAAAUGGCACCCAUUGUGGUCAGGGAGAAAUCCAAACCAGACUUAUUUGAAUGAAUGGCAGUAGAGGCAUACAGUGGGGAGAACAAGUAUUUGAUACACUGCCGAUUUUGCAGGUUUUCCUACUUACAAAACAUGUAGAGGUCUGUAAUUUUUAUCAUAGGUACACUUCAACUGUGAGAGACGGAAUCUAAAACAAAAAUCCAGAAAAUCACAUUGUAUGAUUUUUAAGUAAUUAAUUUGCAUUUUAUUGCAUGAAAUAAGUAUUUGAUCACCUACCAACCAGUAAGAAUUCCGGCUCUCACAGAUCUGUUAGUUUUUCUUUAAGAAGCCCUCCUGUUCUCCACUCAUUACCUGUAUUAACUGCACCUGUUUGAACUCGUUACCUGUAUAAAAGACACCUGUCCACACACUCAAUCAAACAGACUCCAACCUCUCCACAAUGGCCAAGACCAGAGAGCUGUGUAAGGACAUCAAUAAUAAAAUUGUAGACCUGCACAAGGCUGGGAUGGGCUACAGGACAAUAGGCAAGCAGCUUGGUGAGAAGGCAACAACUGUUGGCACAAUUAUUAGAAAAUGGAAGAAGUUCAAGAUGACGGUCAAUCACCCUCGGUCUGGGUAUCCAUGCAAGAUCUCACCUUGUGGGGCAUCUAUGAUCAUGAGGAAGGUGAGGGAUCAGCCCAGAACUACACGGCAGGACCUGGUCAAUGACCUGAAAAGAGCUGGGACAACAGUCUCAAAGAAAACCAUUAGUAACACACUACGCCGUCAUGGAUUAAAAUCCUGCAGCACACGCAAGGUCCCCCUGCUCAAGCCAGCGCAUGUCCAGGCCCGUCUGAAGUUUGCCAAUGACCAUCUGGAUGAUCCAGAGGAGGAAUGGGAGAAGGUAAUGUGGUCUGAUGAGACAAAAAUAUAGCUUUUUGGUCUAAACUCCACUCGCCGUGUUUGGAGGAAGAAGAAGGAUGAGUGCAACCCCAAGAACACCAUCCCAACCGUGAAGCAUGGAGGUGAAAACAUAAUUCUUUGGGGAUGCUUUUCUGCAAAGGGGACAGGACGACUGCACCGUAUUGAGGGGAGGAUGGAUGGGGCCAUGUAUCGCGAGAUCUUGGCCAACAACCUCCUUCCCUCAGUAAGAGCAUUGAAGAUGGGUCGUGGCUGGGUCUUCCAGCAUGACAACGACCCGAAAUACACAGCCAGGGCAACUAAGGAGUGGCUCCGUAAGAAGCAUCUCAAGGUCCUGGAGUGGCCUAGCCAGUCUCCAGACCUGAACCCAAUAGAAAAUCUUUGGAGGGAGCUGAAAGUCCAUAUUGCCCAGCGACAGCCCCGAAACCUGAAGGAUCUGGAGAAGGUCUGUAUGGAGGAGUGGGCCAAAAUCCCUGCUGCAGUGUGUGCAAACCUGGUCAAGACCUACAGGAAACGUAUGAUCUCUGUAAUUGUAAACAAAGGUUUCUGUACCAAAUAUUAAGUUCUGCUUUUCUGAUGUAUCAAAUACUUAUGUCAUGCAAUAAAAUGCAAAUUAAUUACUUAAAAAUCAUACAAUGUGAUUUUCUGGAUUUUUGUUUUAGAUUCCGUCUCUCACAGUUGAAGUGUACCUAUGAUAAAAAUUACAGACCUCUACAUGCUUUGUAAGUAGGAAAACCUGCAAAAUCGGCAUUGUAUCAAAUACUUGUUCUCCCCACUGUAGGUGAUGCAUUUAUUUUGGUAUUUUAAUUCCUCAUUCUAUUAUCUUUUAUUUUCUUCCCAGAAUUGCAAAGCAGCCUGGGUAAGUGCCUCUGCGGCUGGCUGCUGCUCAAUGAUUGGAAUUAUUAGAUCACUGUCUCCUUCCCCUUUUGUUCAACCCUCCGGUUGUUAGCACCUCCGCUAGCUAAUGCGCUCGGACGGUUUCUACCCCAACCAGGUCAGGUGGUGGUCAAGGAAUGGCAACUUUUUCAGCUUUUCUUCGAGCUCCAGACCUGAACACGCAAGGACUGGAUCUUGAGACGGUAGAGGUGACUGUUCCUCAUGCCCAUGCCAGCUUUAUGCCAGCACCGCGCCCACCUCCAAGCUCCUCUCCUUCAAGAGUGUCAUCCAGUCAGGCCCAGUCCCACUCUGGGGCUGCCCAGACACUCAUGCAAGCACCUGGAGUCAGACACAUCGUGGAGCCUCUAUGGCGGACUAACGGUUCCAGUGGACAUAGCCUUGAGGUCUGACAAGUUACAGCAACACCUUACAGCAAAACCUGGACAAUGACCAAGAGGCUCAAAUGACAGAAGAUUAUACUUCGUUGCUCUCCAGUUUCACUCGCUGAGUUUUCCAAAAAGGACCAACAGGACAACUCGUUCAUUAGGAGAAAUGCUGUCAUUUUCCCACACCCCCAGAGUUGAUGAAGGUGCUCAAUGACCAGGGUGUUUCUCAAAUAGGGAAAGAGCCCACUGACAAAGGUAAGAUUCCUACCUCUAACAGGAUCAUCGCAUCCGUUGCCCCUUCCCUCUGAGAUGUAUCCGAGAGUCUCUGUGCCAUCCAGCCUCCUUGUCCAGGUUGUCCUUGGUUUGCGGCCAGUCUGGUAACCCAACCCCACAGCAAGGCCAGGUGAACAAAAGCAGCGGCCUGGCCUCUGUGAGUGUGCGACUCUGAGAUUUGACCUGGUGGUGGGAUGGUGGGGACGUCAUCCCAGAGCCAAGAGCUCACCAUUAGGAAGAUCACUGUUUGGGAGAAAGCUACAAUGCUGCAAUGGAUUGUUGACCACUGUUAGAUGUUUAGGCAGUGUUUGGGAUCACAAUCACCACCACAUUCAUAUUCAAAACAGUAGAUAAGGGGGUGUCAAUACAUGAUAGAUCAAUAUAUAGUGACAAUCAUGAACCUCUAUUGCGAUGCCUGUCCAUAGAUGGUGAUGAUUUUGCACUCACCUCUCCCCUCUCACACCUUUCACUCCUCAGGCCAUCGCUUUGAGGAUGUCCCUGGGGUACGGAGACACCUGGUCAGAAAGACCACCAAGGGCCAAGUGGUGCAUGUCGGCAAGGACCACCAGGAGACCAGCAUACGCAGCCAAAAAAAGGACCGGACCCCACAUGAGGUGAGUGUACGAAAAAACUAGCAGUAGUACCCACUCCUUUGCUUGUGUUGGGAAACAGUGUCACAUAGUCCCUUGUUUUAGAUGAUAUGAUUGGGUUUUAUUCAUUAGAGGUUUUCAUGUAUUUCCUGAUGUUUUUGGCAAGGAUUAAGGUUUGAAAGUAGAUGUUGCUGCUUGUUUUAAGAAAUUCCAUGCAGGACACAUGUAGGUGAAGUUUCUCUUGGGAGACCAGUUUCUAUGUUUUGCUCAGUUUAGACAAAGGUAAAUAUGGUUAAUUGUUUUCUUGAAACUCCCCCCAAUUGUUUUUAUUACAACUGGGAAACAGGAAAAUCCAGCAACAUUCUCUGUCUGGGCGCAGCCCAACUACAGUAUCUUUAUGUGGAUGGGAGAGGGGGCAGAACACAAUUAAAAAUGAAUGAAUUAGUUAUUUCCUUUCACACACCCAAAAGAAAGGGGCAGCGAAGAGUUCAGGUAACAAGACACCCGGUGCUCCCUGAGAGAGGGAGCCAUGAUUUAUUAACACACACACACAGGCCCCCAACAACAGGUUCUCUCAGGGUAGAGAGUGUGUACGAGCUACAGAGUGUGUGUGUGUGUGUGUGUGUGGAGAGAUGUAAGGGUCGCCUGCUCUGUGUGCGGGUCUGUGUCAGUCGUCAGUGUGUUGAGCCCACCCUCUCGCUCCCUCCAGUCGUUACCGCCAGUGGUUCUGUACCGUUCUGCCUCCCGGCCAGACGGCAUGGUCCUAUUGGACUACGGCCAUAUGACCCGGCCCCAGAAGGUGAGGCGGCUUAGCCGGCCAAACACAGGUUCCAGGAGUGUGGGUUUGCACAUGAGGGUAGGUACAGUAUGGUUACUCGCUAAUCAUUAGUUAUGUUGUUGGCUUGGCAUUAAAACAGGUAGUGGUGGGUUGGGUAUCACUAACUCACCAUCAUAGUUUCUCUUUAACCAGCCUGUUGUGACGUGAUAAGGCUGUAAUGGUGUGAUACUGUAUUUCUACUCAUCAGAGUCUCUACUAUUUCUACUGUAUUUCUACUCAUCACAGUUUGUGGAUGUUCGGGAAGAACUUAAUCUCAACGGAGUGUCUGUUGUGCUCAUUCAAAUGGUUUUGACUGAAAUAAUGUUGCAUUUGCUAGUUGCUUAGGCUAUUUGCUGUCCACUGCCUAUAUUUGUGAAGUGUAUUGACAAUGAGGAUAAUUUCAUUGCAUAUGUUGGGUGUUCCUAAUAUAACCGAGUAACACUGUUGAGUGUGUUUCUGUUUGACGUCAACAUGCACCGUAUACCUGGGUUCAAAUACUAUUUAAAAUCUUUAAAAUACUUUGAGCGUUUGGUCUAGCCUGCCUGGAAUGCCAGAUGGACUGGGUUUGCAGUUUUGGGACUAUUUUAUUGGUCCAUUAAGCCAGGCAAGCUCAAUCAACCACAAAUAAAGUAUUUGAAAUUAUUUCAAAUAGUAUUUGAACCCAGGUCUGAUGCAGCUUGCAUGGUUUUCAGAAGUCAAUAGGUUCAAGGCCCAGUGCCAAUGACUUUCACACUUGACAUUUUGAAGAGUGAAACUAGAUAAACACUUACAUAUGUACAUAUAGUUAUCUGGAUGUGCUUUCCCUUCCUUAUAAUGUUGACUGUCUUUAAAGAAAGCAUGAUCCUGAGAAGAGCUAGCGUUAAUUCUAUAAUAACAUCUGGACAAUAUGGACAAAACAAAUCAAAGCAGAUUGGUUAGUGCUAUCCGGGAUCCUUGGGACUUCCCUACCCUAAAUCAUAUCCCCUACCCUACCCUACCCUUCCCUAACCUUAACCAGAACCCUUGCCUAACUUUAACCCUAACCUUAACCAUUUUACAUUUCAACUUCAACUGGGUAGGGCCAUCCGAAGGAUCCCAGAUAGCAAGGACUGAAGCAGAUCUAGCCACAUUUAAGCAUAUUGAAAACAAUUUCCCCUUAUAGUUCAGCUAUUCGGAUCCUCACUGAAUCUAAUCAAAUUUGCUCAAUGAUAACUUGGUUUGAAGUGUUUUGAAGGAGACGCUGGUUUGAACAUUUCAGACUCCUGGAUGUGCAUGGGUAUCUACACAGAACAUGCUAAUAUCAGGGAUAUUGACUUGUAUUGGUUUUUGGACAAACAUGCUAAAAAGUUAGCAAUUGGAGACAGUGGCCACUGGCCAGGUAAACAAAAGCAUGGAUUACUGUCUUACCUUGUACACAGACUGCUUACAGGGUAAGGAAACCAAUAUGUCAUUUGGGUGAACUGUCACUUUAACGUCCAUCUCUCCCUGUCAGGUGUUUGUGGAGCUGAACGAGCUGAUCAUGGAUAAGAACCAGGAAAUGCAGUGGCGGGAAACGGCCCGUUGGAUCAAGUUUGAGGAGGACGUGGAAGAGGAGACGGAUCGAUGGGGUAAACCCCACGUGGCCUCGCUCUCCUUCCGCAGCCUGCUGGAGCUCCGCAAGACCAUCUCCCACGGUAGGAGAGAAAGAUAGGAGAGAGAGGAGAGAGAGGAGAGAAAGAGAGGAGAGGGAGAGAGGAGAGGGAGAGAAAGAGAGGAGAGGGAGAGAAAGAGAGGAGAGGAGAGGGAGAGAAAGAGAGGAGAGGGAGAUGGAGAGGAGAGGGAGAUAAAGAGAGGAGGGAAAGAGAAGAGAGGAGGGAAAGAGAAGAGAGAAAGAGGGAGAGAAAAAGAGAGGGAGAGAAAGAGAGGAGAGUGAGGGAAGGAGUGAAAGAGAGGAGAGUGAGGGAAGGAGCGAGAAAGAGCGAGUGGGUGGGUGUCUGUGUGUGUGUGUGUGUGUGUGUGUGUGUACAUCUGUGUGUGCCCUCCCUGCUGUGACCCUAGUGUGCCGUGUCUCCUCUGCCACCCAGGGGCGGUGUUAUUGGACCUGGACCAGAAGACUCUGCCUGGCAUCGCCCACCAGGUGGUGGAGCAGAUGAUCAUCUCAGACCAGAUUAAGGCAGAGGACCGCGCAAACGUGCUCCGAGCCCUGCUUCUCAAACAUAGGUACAGGACCACCACUACACCUAAAAAUCGUCUAGGACAGCUUAGUGAAAAAGACACUCCCAUUAAUUGUGUGGACAUUACUGUAUUUAUACUCUGGCUAUUGUUUUUCAACAGGAUACAUUAAAAAAAAUAGCUGGAGUUCAUCUAACAUUCUGAUCUCAUAGAUGAAAUGGCAUUAUUCAGAAUGCCAAUUCACACUGAUGAACUUUCCAUGUCUCGGCCUGUCCCCCUGGUCCCGCCUGCCGCCUGCUUGCUUGGUAGGUCGCACCUCGCCCUCUCUCAUGCUAUGUAUCUCCUGCUCAACCUCUGUGUGCCUUUCCCUCCCUCCCCCCACAGUCACCCGAGUGACGAGAAGGAGCACAGCCACAACCCCUUCCCCAGGAACAUCUCUGCGGCCAGCCUGGGCAGCCUGCUGCCCCACCACCACAGCUCCAACCACAUCCAACAGCCAGAGCCCUCCGUCACAGACCCCCUCAUGGGCUCGGCCUGCUCGGGGGAACAGGAGACACGCAUUGACAUGGAGAAGAACGACCUGCAGGUAGCUACAGCUCAGGGUUGAUACUAUGUGGUUUACUGUGGCGAAUGUAGGUUGGAUAACUUAUUUGACUGACAGAGAGAGCAGGCAAUAGCAUGGUGGUGUAGAAAUAUUUAUUUGGGUAGAAUGUCUCUUCUAGCAGUAUAUGGUUGAGUCCCUUUUUAAUGGUUAAGGUCUCCCAUUGGUCAGCUAGACAGAGACCUGCGUUAACUAUAUUCUGAUUGGUGUUCUGCAACAGAAGGAGUCGACUCCAAAUAUUGGCAUGCACAGAUCCAAGUCCAAGCAUGAGCUCAAGCUGCUGGAGAAGAUUCCAGAGAACGCUGAGGCCACUGUUGUCCUUGUGGGUGAGUUGAAUUGUGUUGAAUUCUUUCAAGUAGGUACCAUAAGGUACCCAACUGUUAACCGAAAACGUAUCAGUAAAUACAGGCUGAAACAGGAGUGUAAAAUAUAGCAGUUUCCCAGCCUCUGACACUCUGUCCUCCCCGUUCCUCUUUCCAGGCAGUGUGGACUUCCUGGAGCAGCCCACCAUGGCGUUUGUCCGGCUGCAGGAGGCGCAGGAGCUGGACUCUGUCCUGGAGGUCCCCGUGCCCGUCAGGUUCAUCUUCGUCCUGCUGGGACCUCCCAGCACCAACAUGGACUACCACCAGAUCGGACGCUCCAUCUCCACACUCAUGUCUGACAAGGUCAGUGUGGGGCCAAUUAGAGCAGACCAAGACAAUGGAUAUAGUUCAAUAGUAAUUUCACUGUUUUCAGUUUCCAUUCCGUUUCCAUUCAUGUUUUCAUUUGAUUUAACUGUUGUUACCUCUGAAACAUCACACAGGAUGAUGAGUGUAAAUCCUAAAUGUCGUGUGUUUCCCUCCCCUCCAGCACUUCCAUGAGUCGGCCUACCUGGCGGACGACCGUCAGGACCUGCUCAACGCCAUCAACAGCUUCCUGGACUGCAGCAUCGUGCUGCCCCCCUCGGAGAUGGGUGGUGAGGAGCUGCUGCACUCUGUCUCUCGCUUCCAGAAGGAGAUGCUCCGCAAGAGGGAGGAGCAAGGAGCCCUGCUGGCCAAGGAGCCCAAAAGCCAGGAAGAGAAAGGUGGGGUAAUUCCAACAUUUUGUUCACAGAGAAAUGAUGUCCUAGCAACUUUCCCAGCUCCUCAGACCGUUACCUGGAUGUUAAUGUUUUAAAAGUUUCCUUUUUUUUUAAUGCAAAAAUGUUUCCAAAGAAACUUCAUUUUUCUAGUGCCAUAUUUGAAAUUGAUGUCCAUGUGACACGGUCUGUGUUCAUGUCUUCCAGAGGCCCUUCUAUCGCCCGGGAAAGCUGGGAGACGACCCCCUGCAGCGUACGGGACGCCCCUUCGGCGGCCUGAUCCGGGACGUGAAGCGCCGCUACCCAAAGUACGUGAGCGACUUCAAGGACGCGCUGAACGCCCAGUGCGCGGCGGCCGUCAUCUUCAUCUACUUCGCUGCCCUCUCCCCCGCCAUCACCUUCGGAGGCCUCCUGGGUGAGUCCGAGAGGUUAAAGAUGGCUAGCAAAUUAUGGCACAUUAACAGAAAUGUUGAUGAACGUAAAUUAAUAAAUUAAGGGAAAGAAUGGGGAACAAUGAACAGGAUGGAAAACUAACCACACCACAAAUCCACCCAAUACCCAUCUACCGCUAUCAACACACAACCAGACACUUAGCAUGUGUUUAAAUCAGGCAUUGGAGGUGUAUUGAAUGUUAUUUACUAAUGUUUUUAAAUAACGUUCUUAGGUGGUUUUCUGAAUGUUGUUUGUGCGGUUUCUUGACUGUGUGCCUUGUGGUAGGUGAGAAGACUGAGGGUCUGAUCGGUGUGUCUGAGCUGAUCGUGGCCACAGCGGUGCAGGGCAUUCUCUUCUGCGUCUUGGGGGCCCAGCCGCUCCUGGUGGUGGGCUUUUCUGGACCCCUGCUCGUCUUUGAAGAGGCCUUCUACUCUGUGAGUUACCUCAAACUGGAUUCAGAGAUGACAUUCUUGACUACUGCAUAAGAAUCCCUUUUGUAUUUUCCUUCCAUUGAUGGUGUGUAUAACAGAAUCAUGUAACAAACCUUCCAUCAGUGUCAUAACUUGUCACACCCUCUACUACUCUAGUUGCUUGUGUCCUAACCUCUCUCUCUCUCUUCUCCUCUCUUUUCUCUCUCUCUCUAGUUCUGUAAGGGGAACGGGGUGGAAUACCUGACGGGCCGGGUGUGGAUCGGCUUCUGGCUCAUCAUCAUCGUGGUGAUGACGGUGGCCUUGGAGGGCAGUUUCCUGGUUCGCUUUGUCUCACGCUUCACCCAAGAGAUCUUCUCCUUCCUCAUCUCACUCAUCUUCAUCUUCGAGACCUUCUCCAAGAUAGGCAAGGUACUGUAAACCUGGCGCUCAGUUGACUAUAGUAUUGAAACUGAUAGAAACGAUUUAGUGCCCUUCUAUGUGCUAAAAGCACUUGACAUUGUAGAAAGGGGAUCAAAUCUGACUCUAGAUUGGACUGUGCUCACAACAUGGGGUCGAAAUAAUACGUUGCAUAAUAUGAUGCAAAAUGCAUCCUACUGUGACACAUUCUGUAUUUUUUCAGUUCUAUAUCUUGAAAACUUGAUUGUUGACAUACAAAACACUUUGGGACUGUAUCGACAGUGGACUAAUGAAACAAAUACCAAAAGAUAGUUUUUGAGUGGUAUUUUCUUUUAACAGGUACAUAUUUUGUGAUUGAGUGGCCCUGAUCCGAGAACAAAGUGAAAGGGACAGAAAGCCGACUAUAAUCCGGCUUUAUGAUUUCUGGAAUGUUACUAUUUUUAGACAUUUGCCAACACAAGAUUUAGAAGGGAUUAUUUGUGUAUGAAUUAAUCUCCAUUCCCAGAACGUGUUUGCGGGGACUUUAAAGGUAUGAUGUGGGUGGGGGGGGGGGGGGGUCAGUGAAGCGGUGCUUUAAUGCAAACCUUUUUCUGUGUCGCCGGGCAGACUUUCGUGGAUCACCCGCUGCAGCGCUGUUACCUUGACAACAGCACUGCGGAGAACACCACGAUGGAGAAUAGCCCCCUGGAGCUGUUGCUUGGCAACGGCACCAUUUCGGUGGUGCCGGUGAAGGUCCGGAGGGAACCCAACACAGCACUGCUCUCCCUGGUGCUCAUGUCUGGAACCUUCUUUAUUGCAUUCUACCUGCGCAAGUUCAAAAACAGUGCCUUCUUCCCUGGCAAGGUAAGAUACACUUAAUGAGGAGAAGGAGUGCAGUAUCAUUAUCAGGAUGUAUGUCAAUUAAAUAGAAACUUAAUAAGACUAUACAUAAUUAUUUGGAAGUUUAUUGUAGAACCACAGAACUAGUGUCCCUUCAUGGGCUGUGUUAUGAAUUGCCUACACGUAACUGUUUUUGUUGUUGUUCAGCUCCGUAGGAUCAUUGGAGAUUUCGGGGUCCCCAUAGCCAUCCUCAUCAUGGUCCUAGUGGACUACAGUAUAAGUGACACUUACACACAGGUGAGCAGUACUGCAAUGAAAAGAACUCCAACAUUCAUUUGUUCAUUGAAUUGUCUCGAUUAAGCUUAACUUCUGUCUUACUGAGAAAUUAUAUAGAACCAGUUUCUUUGAAGACAAAUUACGUAAUGUCAUUACCCUCUAUAACACAUGUCACUUUCUCCCUGACCUUGUGUAGAAACUGAGCGUGCCCAGUGGCUUCUCUGUGACCAGUCCUGAGAAGCGUGGCUGGGUGAUCAACCCCCUGGGCAUGGACACCCCGUUCCCCAUCUGGAUGAUGUUCGGCAGCGUACUGCCCGCCCUGCUGGUCUUCAUUCUCAUCUUCAUGGAGACACAGAUCACCACGUGAGUCACACUGUCACACACACCUCCCUCCCAUCACCCAGGGUCUUCUUUCCCCAGAUAUUAAAAUGCAUGGUGUGAAUAGACGGUAUAAACACAGUGCGGUGAGGACAUGCAUGGAAGACAUUACAGUUGUUGUAUUAUAUAUCAUAGUAUAUUUAUCAGAUGUCAUGUUGAUUGACUAAUGUCGAUUUAUGCAUGUCGACUCCUUCUCAACCAUCUGCCCUUUAUGGGUCCUCCCCUCCUUCUCUUCCUCUUUCCCCCUCACUCCCUCCCUCCCCAGGCUGAUAGUGAGUAAGAAGGAGCGGAUGCUGGUGAAGGGUUCUGGCUUCCACCUGGACCUGCUGGUGAUCGUGGUGUUGGGCGGCACCUCGGCCCUGUUCGGCCUGCCCUGGAUGGCUGCUGCCACCGUGCGCUCCGUCACACACGCCAACGCCCUCACCGUCAUGAGCAAGGCGGUCGCCCCAGGUGACAAGCCCCGCAUCCAGGAGGUCAAGGAGCAGCGGGUCACAGGGUUGCUGGUGGCCAUCUUAGUAGGUGAGUGUCUGUUGACUAGAUGUAGAAUAGACUAGAAUGGAAGAUGUUUAGUGCUUCUCAAAAGUUUAACGUAGCUUCCUCCCAUUGACUCCUCCCUUUCUUCUCUAGUGAUCUGAAAACACAGGACAAAAACAAAAUAUACAAGCAAAAUAUCUGUGACUUUGCUUCUGGUGACUUGGCUUUUCCCUUUCUAGUUAUUUCACAUCAGACUACUAGAAGAGGCAACUGUAGUAGAGUAUUGAGAUGCAAUCGUGUUUUCAGUCAUUUCUCUAAACUCUUCCUCCCUCGUCCUCUAGGCCUUUCCAUCGUGAUCGGAGACCUCUUGCGUCAGAUCCCCAUCGCUGUGCUGUUUGGCAUCUUCCUCUAUAUGGGCGUGAUGUCACUCAACGGCAUCCAGUUCACAGAGCGCCUGAUGCUACUGCUGAUGCCCCCCAAGUACCACCCAGACCACACCUACGUCCGCAAGGUGACCAUGGCACACAGUCACAGAGAGAAACAUAGAGCAGUGGCUCUUGGUCCGUAUGCAUUAUGAUCUGAAAGGCAAAACUGAUUCUAGUUCAGCACCUCUACUGUGAGACACUUGCUGGUUCCCAAAAACGUUUUGGCCCUGAUCCACCUAAUAGAUAGUCUGCCUGAUACCAAACUCAAAGUCCUCCUGACUUCAGAAUCUGGAGAAGCUGAUCGAUGUUGUAGGCAUGAUGCGUUGAUAAUGAAGGGGGGUGUGCAUUUUUACUUGUUGGUUCUCCUCUGUGUUUUUCUCACUCAAACACAUACAGCCCCUGAGCAUCACCCCUUUCCGUUACAGCUCAGUGGGUCAGCUGUCCUUCACUGUGUACCACGAGGGUUGCGUCAGCCAUGCUACCGAAGAGAGCCUUUCCUGUAUAAUCCAGUAUAUAAACCCAUAGAAGCUAUUUCCCCCAAUGGGAUACCAGACUGUGUAUACAUACUGUAUGUGUUAUACCGUAUCAUAUACAUGAUGUUAUUGUCUCAUUUCGUGUGUAUUACGGUAAUCCACUACAUUAACCUAUAGUCACUGUGUCCCCCAGGUGAAAACGCUGCGAAUGCACCUGUACACGCUGAUCCAGCUGGUGUGUCUGGCAGCGCUGUGGGCCGUGAUGUCCACCGCGGCCUCGCUGGCCUUCCCCUUCGUUCUCAUCCUCACCGUCCCAGUCAAGAUGUUUCUGCUGUCGCGCAUCUUCACCACCCGAGAGAUGCAGUGUGUAAGUUAGCCCACACGGGGGCGCACUAGGCCCAUUCACUAGCAUUCACCCUAUGGAGCCUGGUCAAAAGUAGUGCACUAUAUAGGGAAUAGGCUGCCAUUUGAGGCGCAUAUACUGUCUAAACUCUGAGGACAUUUGAGGAGAGGGCCUUAUGGCACAUUAGAUUAAAUGCAUAGGGAGUUUUUACUUGAGGCUGUCUGUUCUGCUUGUUCUUCAGUGGGUUUAGUCGUGGCUUGGCGAAAUUGACUUUCUAUCCUGUACAAAGUGCUGAUUGAAGAAAUAUUUACAAUAUAUCUACUUAAUUAAAAUCAAUCAAUCAAUCUUAAUCAACAGUGUAGCUACUGCCUUGCUCUAACUGUCUGCUCUCUUCUCUCCCAGCUGGAUUCUGAUGACGCAGAGCCCAUCUUUGAUGAGAGAGAGGUCCAUGACGAAUACUCAGAGAUGCACAUGCCU